AUGGAACCCCACCGCCCGGUGCUGCUCCUGCGGCCGGCCCUGCUGCUGCCGCUGCUGCUGGCGGCCGUUUAUACAGGCACUUUUGGGGAAGCCCAUUUCAGGAAUCGAAGAGGUAUUCUUGAAUUAGCUGGAGCCAUUAGAUGCACUACAGGAAGAUCUCCUUUUGCCUACCUACGUUAUGGAUGCUAUUGUGGUCUGGGAGGAAGAGGAUGGCCCAAGGACAGAGUGGACUGGUGCUGCUUUAACCAUGACUGCUGCUAUGGUAAAGCAGAACAAGCAGGUUGUCAGCCUAAGAUUGAAAGUUACCACUGGGAAUGUGAAGACAAUACUGUUUUAUGUGAAUCACUAGAGGAUAAAUGUCAAAAAAUGGCAUGUGAAUGUGACCGUGAAGCUGCCAAAUGUUUUUCUAAAGCUCCCUAUAAUGCAAAAUACCUUUUGUGGCCAGACUUUAUGUGUGGUGAAAUUCAGCCUUUGUGUAGGAAUUAGA